AUGCUGUGUCCUGCUCUGAAAGCAUCUCUCCAGCUCCUUGUCCUCACCGGUCUGCUGGAGGUAACGUCUGGCAGCGGAGGGCUGCACAUCAAACCCAGAGAUGCUGAGCUCGUCCUAGACCUCCACAGUACCUUUUCCCUCUUGUGCUAUGGAGACCGAGCGUUGGUCUGGGAACGGGAGGGUCAGCCCCUUGCUGCCUCGCUGGAGCACAGGGACAACGUCUUUGUCAGCAAUCUCACUCUCAGGAACGUGACGGGCCGUCACACCGGGGAGUACACAUGCACCUACAGCCCUGACCAGGCUCCAGAGCCCAUGGAGAGGAAAGCCCUGUACAUCUACGUUCCAGAUCCCUCCCUAGUCUUCCUCCCCACAAUCACCUCUGAAGAGCUCUUCAUCUUCAUCACCGGCUACACAGAGGCUAUCAUCCCCUGCCGUGUGACCAACCCGCAGAUGCAGGUCACCCUCUAUGAGAAAAAGGUGGAGAACCCCAUCCCAGCUGUUUAUGACCCACAACAGGGAUUCAAAGGCUUUUUUGAAGACAAGACUUAUUUCUGCCGGACAAUCGUGGAUGACCAGGAGGUGGAUUCAGACACUUUCUAUGUCUACAGGAUCCAGGUCUCAUCUGUGAAUGUCUCCAUCAGUGCAGUGCAGACCAUAGUGCGUCAGGGAGAAAACGUCACCCUGAUGUGCACCGUGAGCGGCAAUGAGCUGGUCAACUUCAACUGGGAUUAUCCCCGCAAGCAGGCAGGGAAGGCUGUGGAGCCAGUGACCGACUUCCUGCCUGGGUCCACCCACGAGAUCCGCUCCAUCCUCGUCAUCCAGAACGCAGAGCUGGAGGACAGCGGGACCUACGUCUGCAAUGUCUCUGAGGGCUACCAUGAGAAAACAGACCGGAAAGACAUCACAGUCCGUGUGAUCGAGCAUGGCUUCGUGCACUUCCACACCCACCUACCCAGCACGGUGUAUGCCGAGGUCCACAAGAGCCACACCAUCCAGGUGGAGGUGGAGGCCUACCCGCAACCUAGCAUUGUGUGGCUGAAGAACAACAAGACGUUGACCAUGGAGAGCAGCAGCGAGUUCGCCAUCACCAGCAGGAACCUGUCAGAAACAAGGUACCAGACAGCUCUGGUCCUGGUGCGGGUGAAGCAGGAAGAAGGAGGAUUUUACACCAUCCGGGCUUCCAAUGAGGAUGAUGAGCAGGAAUUGUCCUUCCAUCUGCAGAUAAAUGUGCCAGCCAAAGUGGUAGAUCUCAAGGAGAACAGCAGUGCCAGCAGCGGGGAGCAGACUGUAACGUGCUCUGCUGAAGGGAUGCCCCAGCCAGAGAUCAGCUGGUCUACUUGCAGCGACAUCAAAUGGUGCAGCACCAAGGGGAAGCCCACCCGGCUGCUGGGGAAUGAGUCUGCAGAGAUCGGUCUGCAGACCAACGCCUCAUACCACGCGGAGCUGCAGGUGUACCGUGUGAACAGCACCCUGCAGCUGCAUAGGGUGGACGAGCCCCUGCUCCUGAGAUGCACUGUGGAAAACUUCCUGGGCACCAGCUCCCAGGACAUCACCCUGGUCCCACACGCCUUGCCGUUCAAAGUGCUCAUCAUCUCUGUCAUCCUGGCCUUGCUGGUCCUCACCGUCAUCUCCCUGAUCAUCCUGAUCGUCCUGUGGCAGAAGAAACCUCGUUAUGAAAUCCGCUGGAAGGUGAUCGAGUCAGUCAGCUCCGAUGGGCACGAGUAUAUCUACGUGGAUCCCAUGCAGCUCCCUUACGACUCCAGCUGGGAGGUGCCCAGGGACAAGCUGGUGUUAGGACGCACUCUUGGCUCUGGUGCCUUUGGACGCGUGGUGGAGGCAACAGCCCACGGCCUGAGCCAUUCGCAGUCCACCAUGAAAGUGGCGGUCAAAAUGCUCAAGUCCACUGCCCGGAGCAGCGAGAAGCAAGCCCUCAUGUCCGAGCUGAAGAUCAUGAGCCACUUGGGACCUCAUCUCAACAUUGUCAACUUGCUGGGGGCCUGCACCAAAGGAGGUCCCAUCUAUAUCAUCACUGAGUACUGCCGCUAUGGGGACCUGGUGGACUACCUGCACCGCAACAAGCACACCUUCCUGCAGUGCUACGGAGAGAAGGCACGGCGAGAAGCAGAGCUGUACGGGAACACCACUAAGGAGGACCACGUGCAGAGCCACCUCUCCUUGUCUGUGGAGAGCGACGGGGGCUACAUGGACAUGAGCAAGGAUGACUCCCUGGAUUAUGUGCCCAUGUCCGACAUGAAGGGUGAAGUCAAGUACGCUGACAUCGAGUCCUCUAACUACGGCACCCCGUACGAGCUGGACAGCUAUUCCCCGUCAGCUCCUGAAAGAACAGACCGGGUGACACUGAUAAACGAGUCUCCACUCCUCAGCUACAUGGACUUGGUGGGCUUCAGCUUCCAGGUGGCCAAUGGGAUGGAGUUUCUGGCUUCCAAAAACUGCGUGCAUCGGGACCUGGCUGCCAGGAACGUCCUCAUCUGCGAGGGGAAGCUGGUGAAGAUCUGUGACUUUGGCCUGGCAAGGGACAUCAUGAGAGAUUCCAACUACAUCUCCAAAGGCAGCACCUUCUUACCACUUAAGUGGAUGGCUCCAGAGAGCAUAUUCAACAACCUCUACACCACCCUGAGUGAUGUGUGGUCCUUUGGGAUUCUUCUCUGGGAGAUAUUCACUCUAGGAGGGACUCCAUACCCUGAACUGCCUAUGAACGAACAGUUCUACAACGCCAUCAAACGUGGCUAUCGGAUGUCCAAACCCACUCACGCCUCUGAUGAAAUCUACGAUAUCAUGCAGAAGUGUUGGGAGGAGAAGUUUGAGAUCAGGCCGUCCUUCUCACAGCUAGUGGUGCUUAUGGGAAACCUCUUGGUGGAUUGCUACAGAAAGAGGUACCAGCAGGUGGAUGAAGAGUUCAUGAAGAGUGACCACCCCGCUGUUGUGCGCACAAGACCCACGAUCCCCGGGCUGAACAACACCAGACUCACUCCCAGCUCCCCCACCGGCAGCAUCCUCUACACAGCCGUGCACCAGAACGGGGGCGAGAACGAUUAUAUCAUCCCUCUUCCCGACCCCAAACCCGAGGCAAUCUGCGAUCUCCCUCAGGAGGCCUCUAUCAGCCGGGCCAGCUCUAUGCUGAAUGAGGCCAACACAUCGUCUACAAUAUCCUGUGACAGCCCUCUGGGCCUCCGGCAGGAUGAGGAGCAGGAAUCUGACCCACAGCCGGGCUGCCAGGAGCCCACCACAGGGCACCAAGAGGUGGAGGAGAGCUUCCUGUAG